ACCCAGCCGCAGUGCACACUCCGGCGCACCACUAACAACACGCGCCAACAAUCAUAAACAAAUUGUUAAAUAAAUAAUGACUGUAAAUUGAACUGAACUUGUGACUUUUGUGCCUAUGACAGUGAUCUAGUGGUCAGAACAUUUGUGUGUGAAGUGAUGGGUUCCAAAAUUUUUACGAGAGCGCUGGUGCUAUGGGCGUUGUGCGCUUGCGUCGCUGCUCUGGCGCCGCCGGCCGAAGACGACGACUGCGCACUCUACCUCUCAGGGCCCGGCCGCUCCUCCGCCUACGACUACACACUUAACCUGCUCAAAGGAAACUUUGGCUAUGAGGGCCAGCACACUUGUAUCACAUACGACGCAGUCAACCAGGCUUACCUCGAAGCCAGGAACAGAAUCGUGGUCUCGCAACCCAAGGGUGAGUGGAAGGCUGAGGAUUUCGCCAGCGCCGGAGAAUUGAUCCUAGACAUCUCUAUCAAUCUAGCUAGACGCUAUGGACUCACAUAUGAAGAGAUAGAGAAGGGUCUCCCACUGAUAGAUACAUCGAGGACCCUCAUCCGGGACAUCUGCCCUCCUGUCUUCUCUCACGUGGAGUGUCGCGCCGGGAAGUACCGUCGGCUGGACGGUCUUUGCAACAAUCUACAGAACCCCACUUGGGGAGCCACCAUGUCGCCUUUCCAAAGACUGAUCGGCCCCCUUUUCGCGGACGGGAUCAAUGCCCCGCGCAUUGCGCACACGGGGCGCGACCUGCCGCUGUCGCGCGUGGUGUCACGCACCAUGCACCCCGAUGAGGGCUACCACGACCACGCCGGCACGGUCAUGGUCAUCGCCUGGGGACAAUUCAUGGACCACGACUACACUCUGACUGGCACGCCGCUUGACCCAAUCAACCGCAACGACCCCGAGGAGUGCUGCAAGCGCCCCCAGCACCUGAAGCACCCCUACUGCAACGAGAUCCGCAUCCCCGAUGACGACUACUUCUACCGACUGUGGGGUGUCAAGUGCAUCGACUUCGUGCGGGCCUUCCCGUCGCCGCGACCCGGCUGCCGUCUGGGUUCAAGGGUUCCGUUCAACACAUUAACCGGAGUGAUCGAUGGAAACACAGUGUAUGGAGUCACCGACAAGUUCUCCAGGAAGCUGCGCACAGGCUACGGCGGGCUGCUCCGCAUGAACCCCGUGUUUAAGGAGUACGGCCUCAAAGACCUGCUGCCGCUCAAGCUGGAUAUCCCCGACGAAGGCUGCACACGACCCAACAAGAACAUGUACUGCUUUGAAGGAGGUGAAAUCCGAGUGAACGAGCAACUGGUGCUAACAGUGAUGCACACCCUAAUGGCCAGAGAACACAACCGCAUCGCCAAGGCACUCGCGGCCGUCAACCCUCACUGGGACGACGAGACCCUCUUCCAAGAGGCUAGACGCAUCAACAUAGCUGAGAUCCAGCACAUUACCUACAACGAGUUCCUGCCCAUACUGCUCGGCAAAGACGUUAUGGAGAAAUUUGGACUUGUGCUUGAGAAAGAGGGGUAUUGGGAUGGAUACGACCCGAAUGUAAACCCUGACGUUAUCGACUCGUUCGCCUCAGCUGCCUUCAGAUUUGGUCACUCUCUGCUACCUACUGCUGUUGAAAGGUGGUCCAAGGCUCACAAAUUCAUCGCUUCAAAGAGAUUGUCAGACCUCAUCCGAAGACCAUACGACCUGUACCGAGCGGGUGUUCUCGACGAAUACGUCAUGGGCCUGAUGAACCAAGUGGCUCAAGCUAUGGACGACUCUAUCACUCAGGAAGUUACCAACCAUCUCUUCAAGAAAGUCGGCGCUCGCUUCGGAAUGGACUUGGUAUCCUUCAACAUGCAAAGAGGCAGAGAAUUCGGUAUUCCCGGAUAUAUGGAAUUUAGGAAGUUCUGCGGUUUGGCUGGCGCUGAUAGUUUCCAGGAUCUGUUUGGGUCUAUGCCUAAUGAGACCGUAAGGAAGUACGAGACGAUAUUUGAGCACCCGAUAGAUGUGGACCUGUGGUCUGGAGGAGUGUCGGAGAGACCGCUACCGGGAUCCAUGUUGGGGCCCACCUUCGCUUGCGUCAUUGCUACCCAGUUCUCUUAUUCUAGACGAGGUGACAGAUUCUGGUUCGAGUUACCGAAUCAGCCAUCCUCCUUCACGCCGGAGCAACUCGCCGAGAUACGCAAGGCGCGGCUGGCUCGCGUCAUCUGCGACAACACCGACAUUAUCGACACCGUACAGCUAUACCCCAUGGUGUUGCCCGACCAUGAGCUUAACCCCCGCGUGCCCUGCCGAAGCGGCAUCAUCCCUUCAAUGGACUUCAGCAAGUGGGCGGAACCUGCGCCCUUCCACGGCGGCGCCAAGCCCUUCGUGAGUAGCUUCGAAUACGACCCCUAUGUAGGCAAGAAGUAAACCGCACCUAGAGUAGAGUAGAGCCUUAGUCAUCACUUGUUGAAGUAAAAUUUGUGGGUAGCCGAACAAUGUGUAAACCAAGAUGGCGACUGACAGUUUCAGUGUCAGAUUAAAAAACGUUUUCAAUACUGGGUACCUACAUUAAACUUGAUAAAAAACAAUGUUAUUUAAUUUAUAUCUAAAAUUAUCACAGUACACUUGAAUUAGGUACUAUUAAAAUGUCAAUAAUAGUUCACACCGAACCUAUGUCUGGUUUACACAUUAUUCAAGAUAUCGCAUUUUUAUUUAAUCUUGCUUCAAGCUAAAUAGGAGAGCUCCUGUGAUAAAAAUAUAAACAGGGUAAAAUUUACAAUGUUACAACAAUAAUAAUUAUUAACAUCUUGCUCUAAAAACAAUUCCGAAGCUAAUUGUACUUACCUAAGUAUUAAUUUCUCAAAGAUCUCCUUAUUUAGCUUGGAUAUCUACCAUCGACUUCUUAUUAUAAGUACCUAUUUUAAUAAGUAUUUUAUAACAAUAGUCAUUUUCGCCUUUAAGUCCAGAAGUCGAUAGAAGAUAAAAUAAAUUACCUACUUCUAAAUUGAUUAUGCAAUAAAUUUUGGUGCAGAUAAAGUUAGCUUUUUGGGCCGUAACACACUCACAAUAAAAACUAAGUACUCGAUUUUGCAAUCAAAUAUUUCACCUUAGUUACUUGGCACGUU